AUGGCGACGCCUGCGAUAGAUCCUACAUCAGGGACUUCCCCUUUAGCCCAGCCGGAAGCGCCGCUUGCUUCAACGAACACUUCCCCAGCGUUUGAUCCGCAGGAAGUCACGGUGGUAUACGUACUGGGAGGUCCUGGAGCUGGCAAGGGUACACAGUCCGCCAAUCUAGUGCGAGAUUAUGGCUUUGUACAUCUCUCGGCGGGCGACCUAUUGAGAGAAGAGCAGAAUACUGAAGGCAGUGAUUACGGCCAAUUGAUCAAGGACUAUAUCAAAGAGGGCCUCAUCGUGCCCAUGGAAAUUACGGUCAAACUACUGGAAAACGCCAUGCGCUCAAAACUCGGGAGUGACGGAACUGGUAAAUUCUUGAUCGAUGGAUUUCCCCGGAAAAUGGACCAAGCCAUUUUCUUUGAAGAGUCAGUCUGUCCCUCAAAGUGCACGCUAUUUCUCGACUGCCCGGAGGAGGUCAUGAGAGAGCGGCUGUUAAACAGAGGAAAGACGAGUGGCCGGUCAGACGAUAACGAGGAAAGCAUCAUCAAGAGAUUCCGGACGUUUGUCGAGACGAGCAUGCCCGUGGUGGACAUGUUCGAAAAGGAGGGCAGGGUCGUCAAAGUCUCGUCCGUAGGGAGAGUGACAGACGUCUACGAGAACGUGAUGAAGGGACUGGCUAAGAUGGGGAUACAGCCUUUGAAAUGA